UCCGACGACACAUCUGCCUCACGCAUGCAAACAAAAAAACAUUUAAUUAAAAAAACAGUUAAUUCUAAAAACAGUUAAUCUCGCACACCUGCCCCUGUGGUUAAUCGAAACGUUGUUAUUCUGUAAAAUCUCCGGAGAAAGCUAUUUUUUAUUUUGAAAGAAUUGCAACCGGACGUGUUUCAAAAUCUCGUCUCGCGAAGCCAGACUUGAUUAUCGCGAGAGUAGAGUCCGAUCUCGGUCCGUCUGUAGCCGUUUCCCAAUACUUUAUAUUCCCCCCAUUCUGCCUGCCAAGGAAGUGAAUUACCGGGUAACACUGAGCGAGUAACCGUCGUUUCUCCCGGUUCCGAGUGUAAAAUGAAAGCGGUGAUUCUCGCCGCCGGCUACGGGACCAGGCUCCAGAGGGACGUGGCGGCCGACAGCACCGGGAAGUUCGCUCACCUGUCUGGGACCGCCAAGCCGCUGCUGCCGGUGGGACGGUGCGCCCUGAUAUCCCACUGGGUCCGCGCGCUCACCGCCUCCGACUGCGUGGACCGCAUUUAUGUCGUCGUGAGUAACGGAACGUCGUCGACUAACGCCGUCUACCUCGCCGCUUUCGAAGAGUGGGCGUCACAUUUCACAAACGUCGAGAUCCUCAGCGAUCGGACGACGAGCAACGAUGGGCGCCUUGGAGCCGUCGCCUGCCUGCAACUUGCAGUAAAGCACUUCGAAGUAGAAGACCAUGUCCUCAUAAUUGGGGGUGACACCCUCUUCAAAGAGGAUUUUAGCCUCAGCAAAGUAAAAGAGAGGUUUUCUGACCUCCAAGCAAAGAGCGAGGACAGCUGUCUGGUGCUCUCGUACCAGUGCGACGAGCAGGACACUCGUAAAUACGGGAUAUUGGAAGUAGACGGCGAUCUCCGCGUCCUCUGUAUGAAGGAGAAGCCUCUUCCUACCGAGACAAAGUCGAGGAGAGCAUGUCCAUGUUUCUAUGUGUUUUCAAAGAAAAGCCUUCCUCUGUUGGAUACCUUUCUUGAGGAAAAGAAGGAGGCUCCUAUUGAUGAGAAAGACGCCCCGGGGAACUUUGUGUCUUGGCUCAUUCCAAGUUUUUUUACUUUCAGAGAGCCAGUAUACAUUCAUCAGAUUUCUGGGCGUUUCGACGUUGGAAACUUGCCUUCCUAUAUUGAAUGUGACCUCUACUUCAGAGAGAAACUUCAAGACGCUGGCUCUUACAUGGUGUAGGAACUGGGAACUGGACAAAAACACCAUAUUUAUGCAACGAUAACUAAUCAAAUGGCCAAUUUCAAGAAUUGUAACUGUAAAUAAGCCUUUAAAUAUGAAUUGUACUGCAAGGGAUUUUCCAUUAAAAUGUUAAUUUUUUUAUAUACAUUAAAACCAAUGAUUUGUCUA